AAUAAAUCCAAAAGUAGGACAUGAAAAAUAUGACGAAGGGCGCCAAAGAGGUAAAAUUGAAGCCCAAAUCAUGCAUUGAGCAAUAAUUUUUUUAAUGGAGUCCCGCUGGCGUCCCCUUACCUGAGCUUAUCUUUAUCGAUCAUCAUGGUGGGCCAAAUGGACAUAACUUUUCUCGGGACAAGUUCGGCGGUCCCUUCAGCGACCCGGAAUCAUCAGUCUAUGGCAUUACGACUGCCCACGGGCAAUGUUCUCGUUUUCGACGUAGGUGAAGCGACGCAGCAUCAGUUUCAGAAAUCCCAAGUUCGAACCGGUCGCAUUCAGGCUAUCUUCAUCACCCACUUGCACGGUGACCACUGUUAUGGUUUGCCGGCGUUGAUAUGCACCAUGUCCAUGACUCUACAAAAUGAAAUUUCUGAAACACUGGAAAUAUAUGGUCCAGCUAACCUUCGACGGUGGCUGCGAUCGACGUUUCAAUUGACAUAUGCAACGUUCCAGCGGAAAUACCGAGUGCAUGAAUUUUUGUCGCCAAACGAUCCGAGGGAUGAGAACCUGGGCUUGAUGGAAAACGAGCUGCCUGGUGACAACAUUUAUUCACAGCCGUCUUCACACUGGCAGGUCCAAUUAGAGGAUGGUUACACUGUUACCGCCGUACCAAUCUUACAUUCCAUUCCAGCGCUUGGUUACAUUGUUUGCGAGCCACCUGUGCCUGGUAAAAUCAACCUGUCCGAGAUAAAGCCUAUUUUAGACCGUCAAAAGGAUGCACUCGCGCGCCAAGGAAUUAAAAACCCAAUGGUUCUGUUGGGUCAACUACAGAAAGGUCAAAAAGUCGUCUUGCCCGAUGGCACAGAGUUAUUGCCAGCACCCACCCGGCGUGGUCGUAAAGUCGUCAUAUUAGGAGACACCAAAGACGCUACAUCUGUUAUACCGUUUUGCGAAGCAUACCCUCCGCAUGUUCUAGUCCAUGAAGCCACCAAUGCUUUGACGUCGGCCGAUCCUCCCGGCACAACGCUCGAGGAGGUCACAGCAUCAACCGUCGAUCAUGGACACUCCACGCCACAAAUGGCAGGUAGUCUCGCUAACGCCAUUCAAGCAAAGCACUUGCUCCUGACCCACUUUAGCUCAAGAUAUCGUGGCGAUGAAUCUCCUGGUGCUCUAGCAUUGAUGGAGGAGAUAAGGGCACAGGCCAUUGAAACAGCCGGUCAUGAAAACGUGCAUUGUGCCCGGGAUUUAUGGUCAUUUAAUAUAGAGAUGUGAAUAAUGUGCAAAUUCAUAUGCAUGCUAUAUCUUUAUAAACACACAGACUCAAAGAGUGGGAGCAAGCUGAAAACAGUACCAUACACAGCGACGUCAAUUUAUUAAUGAGAAUAUACUUCUUCACGCUACGCUAGGAACCCAAUAAAAGAAAAA